AUGAGGGUCGAGGAUGAGAGCAAGGUGCUAAGUGAGCAAGGUCACAAGAGAAGAGGCCAGAGGGGGGACGAUAGGUUUUAUAUCAACAUCCAAGAGAAGAAAUUGGUUGAGGUUCUCGCUCUCAGAUUAGCUUCGUUGGACGUCACCCACCACAGAGACAAGAGCCGGGCCGGAGAUACACCAGCAAGCAGCACAGAUAGCGUACUUCUGCUUGUGUUGGGUGCUGGGAUGGUCCGGCUGCCGUGGGGUAGAAUGGUCUUAUUGGAGCUGGGUGGAUCCCCCGGAGCCCGCCGAUGCCCUUUGGACGCUGGGCAGGCAAGUCGCCGCAUGCAGCCGCUGUCUCCCUACGGCUGUCUGCGCCAGGGCGGGACCGACGAGAGACGCUCUGGGCCGUACAUGCUAUUUGACGAGAGGCGGCAACUUCUGCCGGUCCGUCUCUACGGGACCAAUGAAGACUCGAUGAGAUCAAAGGAUCUUACAGAGCCGCAGAUGCUCGUGAUGUAUCUUGGCUGCUGGACCUCCAGUGGCCGGCUCCGCGCAAGGGUCAAUAUUUCAUACAAUGAUGAAGAAUCCGUUUCUCUCAAAGCCCGUCCCUGUGCCGCCGCUCUCCGACCUGAUGUGAGGUCAAGAAUCAUUUCUGUCCAUUAUGUUUGCUGUGUGGAUGAUGGGAACUCUUUGGCAGCUGUUGUCUCGAUCCUCGGCGUUGGUUGCUAUCUCCCGCCACCAGUACCUGCUACCAGCAACUUCAGACGACAAGGGAUUUCCUCGGGACCGGGGGUAGGAUGGUCCAUGAUGAGCGUUCAUGAGCACCUUUUUUUUUCUCUAUGCAAUACACAAAAGGUACGGAUAUGGGCUCGCCCGGAGUUGAAUGCCCGUCUUUUCAGGUUCCCUCGAAUAGAAGCUGGUUCAUCGAUUGAAGCCAUCGGCGACUGCACUUUACCUAACCACGAUGAAGAUCUUCAGCUCAACUAUCGUGAUCUACCUUGGGCGAUCAUUCUUGUAGUUAUUGGAGGUCGAUGGUCGUUGAUCGUUGAGCGUCAAGGUAGAACUGAGUGGUGCCAAGAGCUGCAUCUGUAUCUGUACAGAUAA